CGUACGCACGCACGGCGACGAGAGGGCGGGGGAGGAGGGAGCGAUCUGAGGCGCCCCUCCCAGUCAGCAAGGUUGCGUGUGCCCCUUGCGGCAGCCAAGAUGGUGGUGGGCGCGUUCCCUAUGGCGAAGCUGCUAUACUUGGGCAUCCGGCAGGUCAGCAAGCCGCUUGCCAACCGCAUUAAGGAGGCCGCCCGCCGAAGCGAGUUCUUCAAGACCUAUAUCUGCCUCCCGCCGGCCCAGCUGUACCACUGGGUGGAGAUGCGGACCAAGAUGCGCAUCAUGGGCUUCCGGGGCACGGUCAUCAAGCCGCUGAACGAGGAGGCGGCCGCCGAGCUGGGCGCCGAGCUGCUGGGCGAGGCCACCAUUUUCAUCGUGGGCGGCAGCUGCCUGGUGCUGGAAUACUGGCGCCACCAGGCGCAGCAGCGGCGCAAGGAGGAGGAGCAGCGCGCCGCCUGGGAAGCCAUGCGGGACGAGGUGGGCCACCUGGCGCUGGCGCUGGAGGCCCUGCAGGCGCAGGUGCAGGCGGCGCCGCCCAAGGGCGCCCUGGAGGAGCUGCAGGCGCAGAUGCGAGACGUGCGCGCCCAGCUGCACGCGGGGGACCCGCCGUCCACACCCGGGGCCGCAUCCACGUCCCAGGCAGUGUCCUCACCCAAGAAGUAGGAGCUUGCUGAAGCCUGAACUUGGACGUGGCCUUGUGUGCCCUGAUGUGGCCUUCUCCCUGAGUUACCCCUGCCUGUGCUGGCCCAGGGGAAACCACCAGGAUGUGGAUGGAUGGAACUUGGCUUAGGUCACCCUCCUGCUGACCCCUGAUACUUCCUUCCUACUGUGACCAGCGGCCCCUCCAGCCUCUGACUCAGGUGGUGCAGUCCGCAGUGCUCAACUCUCCCACCCACUCAGAACUGCGCAGACCCAGGGCCCAGCCAGCAGGACAGCAGGCUCACUCCUCUGGCAGAAGACCUGGAACCGGACUUGAGCCAGAUCAACCUGUCAGCCCCCAUUUAUGAUGAUCAGUGUUAGGUUUCCCUGGGACGCUCAUCCUUGACACCAGAACACCUCCUUCCCUUUGUCAGGUAGCGCCAACCAUUGUGAGGAAAUGUAGUGUCUUUCAAUGUGCUUCUGCCUCCCUCACCUUCCAAGGUGGGCCCUCUGGGCAUUACUCCUCUCUUUGAGGGGAAAAAACAGGGGAUCUUGGCUUACAGUUGAUCCGCCAAAUAUUAUAUCUUUCCCCUUAACCUGAUCCAUGGUCUCUUCCCCUGAGACACUCAAAUGGAAUUUUCCAACAGAACCAACCGCCACCCCCUUCCUUCAGUCUAGGGCACAGCCCGCUGGAAUGGCUGUGCGGGGCCUUCUAGCAGUGCUCUGCCACUCCCACUGCUGGUGGAAGAUUCGGUCCUGCCAAUGGCUGGUCUGGCCUGUCUUGCAGUCUGAGCCCUCUGCUUACCUGUCCUCAGAGUCCCAGGCCUUUCCUGAUGUGUCCUUUCCUGCCUUCCCACCGUCUUCUGCAGUGGCAUCGCUCAGGGGACUGCCCGCCAUGGAUUGGAUGACCACAUCCUCGUGUUCCAUCAGAUCUGUAGAUCUGUGUGCUCUUGCUCUCCUCUCAUGGGGCUCUGGUCCAACAGCCCCUCUUCACGCAGCGUUACCGUCCUGCCUCCAAUCCCCAAGUCCCACCUCCAUCCCACUGGGCUUGGCUACCAGUUAUUACCUUUGUUAUUAGUUUCCAGGACUGCCAUAACAAAUUACCACGAACUCGGUGGCUUAAAGCAACAGGAGUUUAGGGACUUCCCUAGUGGUCCAGGGAUUAAGGCUCUGCGCUUGUAGUGCAGGGGGCACAGGUUCAGUCCCUGCUUGGGGACUCCACAGGCUCCCUCCCUCCACAGGCUCUAGGGGAGGAUGCUUCUUGCCUCUUCAGCUUCUGUGGCCUCAGUCACCCCUGGGCUUGUGGCCAUAUGUCUCCAGCCUCUGCCUCCAUCUUCCCCUUCUCUUCCUCCCUGUCUCUUUGUGAAGACUCCCGGCAUUGGAUUUAGGGCUCACCCUAAAUCAAGGAUGAUUUCACAUCAAGAUCCUUGACUUAAUUACAUCAAAGACUCUUUGCAAAUAAGGUCCCAUAACUUCCUGGGUGAGGCAGCCCAGGCGUACGUUGGGACUCCUGCCAACCCCGUGGGACAUUUGGGGAAGCACGAGGGUGAGAGGAGCAGUCCGGGAACCAUCGUUCACAACGUGGCUUCUCUUCCAGGACUCACCUCUGAAGCGGGAGGGGUCUGGGCCCCACCAGGCAGCAUUCAGUCUUUCAGGCUGUUGCUGUUGUUUAGUUGCUAAGUCGUGUCCGACUCUUGCGACCCCAUGGACCAUAGCCCACCAGGCUCCUCUGUCCAUGGGCUUUUCCAGGCAAGAACACUGGAGUGGGUUGCCAUUUCCUUCUCCAGGGGAUCUUCCUGACCCAGGGAUCAAACUUGUGUCUCCUGCAUUGGCAGGCAGAUUCUUUACUACCGAGCCACCUGGGAAGCCCCUUUCAGUCUGUAGAUGUUGCUUACUUAAAGGAGCCCUGGAGUGAGGAAGUCAGCUGAAGGAUGUUUGAGAAUCAUGCGCUGAUCUCCAGAACAGGUACAAGGCUUAUUAAAAUUAGAAGAGAAGCAAGAAGAAAGAUGAGAGGGAGGUGGACCACUCGGGGAGGGGGCAGAGAUCUCUACACAAUAGCGAAAGGAGGGGGUGCAAUUCUAUCAGAACAGCCCCCCAUUACACCCAGGAUCUUAGCAUUUGACGAAUGAGGUGAGACCCAUUCCACCUGUUUGCUAGCAGCUGUAGGUGGAGUGGGAGGGGCCAGCUUUCUCUCCCUUCCUCUCUCACCUCAUUUCCCCAGGGGAGUGAAAACCAUCUGGACACAAGACCUACCCAGAUAGAAAACCAAGAAGCUGGGGUUCUGAGACAGCAUUUUAAUUCCUUCUAGAAGAGCCUCCACUGAUGUAGAGGGAGCUGAGGAGGUGGGCCCAGGCAGGGAUCCUUUUAAAAUGGGAAGUGACUUGAGUGGGUUAAAUGAUGAAGAAGGCAAGAGACCAAGCUGGCACGGCAUGAUGGAGUGGUUGAUGGAGCCAGGUGAACCUGUUUCCAUGGUUACCUCUGGUGGGGGUGGGGUGGGGCCACCCUGGCACUGACACAUCUCUGGAGCGGGGUUUCUGGAGGCCAGGGACUGUAACUGCCCUCCCCACAUCACGUCAGUGUCAGUGACAUCAGUGUCAGUGACCUCUCUUGUCAGUUAGAUGCGGUCAUUAUCAGGGUGGUGGUGGUGGUUUAGUUGCUAAGUCAUGUCCGACUCUUGCACCCCGUGGACUGUAGCCCGCCAGGCUCCUCUGUUCAUGGGAUUCUCCAGGCAAGAAUACUGGAGUGGGUUGCUUGCCAUUUCCUUCUCCAGGAGAUCUUCCUGACCCAGGGAUAGAACCCUGGUCUCCUGCACUGCAGGCAGAUUCUUUACCAACUGAGCUACAAGGGAAGCCUCUGGUGGAGUUAAUUACUGAGUUCCAGUUAGGCGCGGGGCACUGUUCUAAGUGCUUCACAUAGUUGGCAUAACAUUAUUUUCUUUGUUUCCUUGAUGAGGAAGCUGAGGCACAGAGAGGGAACGUCACCUACCCAGGGUCACACAGGAGGGGAAGAAGCAGAGGUGGGAAGAGAAGACGGGCAGUCUGGGUUGGAGCGCCUAUCCCCUGCGCCACCCUGACCCUGAUAUAGUGCUGCUCUCACAUCUCCGACUCUGAACUCAGCCCUGACGCAUACUCAUGUGUGGCGAGACUUUGUGGGGUGUAGCCGCUUCACCCACUGCGUGUGGGUGGGGUCAGCGCAUGUGAGGGGAAAGAAUCGCCCCCAAAACGCACAAGACCAGAGGAUGGCUCAUCGCUCUGGUUUCCUGCUAGCUAAAAUUUUGUAUCUAUUUGUGACUUGGGAAAAGGGGUUAGAAUAAAUUUGUAAUUCAAA